UCUCUGCGGGACGGGACGGCGCGGACGGCGGCGGAGGUAGCGGGUCUCUAAGGCUCCUCGGGCUUCUCACUCAGCUCCGGUGACAGGUUCGGCCCGGAGGGCUUAGUCCCUAGCCAUGGACUCGCAGAAAGAAGCUCUACAAAGAAUCAUUUCAACUCUGGCAAAUAAGAAUGAUGAGAUUCAGAACUUCAUUGAUACACUAAAUCACACACUAAAAGGAGUUCAGGAAAAUUCUUCCAACAUACUUUCAGAAUUAGAUGAAGAAUUUGAUAGUUUAUACUCUAUCUUGGAUGAUGUAAAAGAAAGCAUGAUUAGCACCAUCAAGCAGGAGCAAGUGCGGAAGUCCCAGGAGUUACAGAGUCAGCUUAGUCAAUGUAACAAUGCCCUCGAGAACUCUGAAGAACUACUAGAAUUUGCAACAAGGUCAUUAGAUAUUAAAGAACCUGAAGAAUUUUCAAAGGCUGCCAGACAGAUCAAGGAUAGAGUCACAAUGGCUUCAGCCUUUCGCCUUUCUUUGAAACCAAAAGUCAGUGACAACAUGACCCAUUUAAUGGUGGACUUCUCUCAGGAAAGACAGAUGCUGCAAACUUUGAAGUUUUUGCCAGUCCCAAAAGCUCCAGAGAUUGACCCAGUAGAGUGUUUGGUAGCUGACAACUCUGUGACUGUAGCUUGGAGAAUGCCUGAAGAAGAUAAUAAAAUCGACCAUUUCAUAAUGGAAUAUAGGAAAACGAACUUUGAUGGACUCCCACGUGUUAAAGAUGAGCGAUGUUGGGAAAUGAUUGAUAAUAUCAAGGGCACUGAAUAUACGUUAUCAGGCUUAAAAUUCGAUUCAAAGUAUAUGAAUUUCAGAGUGAGAGCAUGCAACAAAGCUGUGGCUGGAGAAUACUCUGACCCAGUGACCUUAGAGACCAGAGCACUUAACUUCAGUCUAGAUAACUCAUCAUCCCAUUUGAAUUUGAAAGUUGAAGAUUCCUGUGUAGAGUGGGAUCCUACUGGAGGAAAAGGCCAAGAAAGUAAAAUUAAAGGGAAAGAGAAUAAGGGCAGUGUCCAUGUUACUUCACUGAAGAAACACACAAGAAGUGGCACCCCAUCCCCCAAACGGACGUCUGUAGGCUCCAGGCCACCGGCAGUAAGAGGCAGCAGAGACCGUUUUACUGGGGAGUCAUACACAGUGCUAGGAGACACUGCUAUUGAAAAUGGACAACAUUAUUGGGAAGUAAAGGCCCAGAAGGAUUGUAAAUCCUAUAGUGUGGGUGUAGCAUAUAAAACUUUAGGUAAAUUUGAUCAGUUAGGAAAGACAAAUACGAGUUGGUGCGUUCACGUUAACAGCUGGUUACAGAACACAUUUGCAGCCAAGCAUAACAAUAAGGUGAAAGCUUUGGAUGUUCCUGUUCCUGAGAAAAUAGGUGUGUUUUGUGACUUUGAUGGGGGUCAGCUUUCAUUUUAUGAUGCACACUCAAAGCAGUUGCUGUAUUCCUUCAAGACAAAAUUUACUCAGCCAGUAGUACCUGGUUUCAUGGUUUGGUGUGGUGGACUUUCUUUGAGUACUGGAAUGCAGGUUCCAAGUGCUGUGAGAACACUUCAGAAAAGUGAGAACGGAAUGACUGGUUCAGCGAGUAGCCUGAACAAUGUCACUCAGUAAUGGCAACUCAGACUGUUUCCCUUCCUCUUCGACUGUGUGGCCUUUCCCAUACAGUUACUAACAGAUAUUUCGGAGUGGUGGAAAUCAGGUUUUCUAUGUUCUGCUUUAAAGCCUGGAAUCUGUUAGAUUAACUACCAAAUUGGAAGCAACCAUGGGAGGUUAUUGCUGCGUCCCAGAAUCAAGCAGUUGGGGUGCAGGAGGCUGACAUAGUGAUAUUGAGUAGUGACGAGGAAAGGGCAGUGUUGAACUGUUUAUGUAGAAAGCCAUCUCUCUGUCUCUUAAGCCCUCUGGCUUGUCUGGUAGGUGUAAUCGAGUCUGGCGAGCCCUGGGCCUGGGUUGCUAAGCCUUAAAAGCUUGCCUUUCCCCUGCCCCUGUUCUGUUUCUGCUCCUCACUGGCUAUCCUACGCUGAGGCUUUAAAAACACAAGGUCCCCCAUGGCUUCCUAGAAAUUGAAAUCUUUGCCUAGGGAUGGCAAAGAAAUUGACCUAUGGUGGCUUAUUUUAUUCUUUUAUAAAUAAACCAAGUUUUUGAUAGGGUAACUUAUACAUUGACUAGAUUCAUAUCACUUUCUCCUCUAAAAUAUUGUGGUAUUUUCUUAUAGUUAUAACUCAAAACUAUCGAGCAGUCAGAGAAUUUAGGCAGUGCAAGGGAGUAUUCUUGUUUGUGCUGAGUCAUUCUGUCCACACCUCCACCAGCUCCUGGGCACCAUCUGAGAAGCCUUGCUCUCUGAGUUUGUUCUCCGCUUUGACCCCACUUUUACAACUGUCUUUACAUCUUUGAUAAAACUUACACUUGAAUUUGGCACUGAUAAUAAUUAUUGCCUAUGAAAGUUUGUGAAUUAAGUUCAUUAUAAGGGGUAAAAAGCUGUAUAUUGCUGGGUUUUUAGUUUUUUUGGUUUUUUUGGUCUGUGAAAGAUUAUAAAGAAAUGUGCCUAAAGUAUUCUUUUCUGGAAUAAUUUGUAUGUUCUUUUACAAAGAUAUGGAUUGGUUUAACCAGCUGUUUAAAAAAUAUGUGUCCUACUUAAUUGGUAUAUGUGUUUUUCAAACAAUUAUUUGAGGGGUUUUUUGGUUUGAUUUGGUUUUUGUUUCUGUCUUUUUUGUUCGUUCAUUCAUUCACUGUUUAAAAGGUUAUGAUUCUUCCAAAAAUGAACAUAGUUUUCUUUUUCCCAACUCUGAAGGCAAACCCUGUGGUUAUUAACAGAAAAGCCUUUUAUUACAAAGUUGGUUAAAACUUUUUACUCAAGGUUUUUGAGCCAAACUAGAAGUUGAGAUUAUAAAACUGCUUUAAGAACUUUAAGGAAAUGAAUAUUUGACUUUUGAUUAAUUUUUGAGACUUCUAAAUCUCUUCUUGUUUUAAGUUUCUUGGGCUUCUGACAAACUUCCCUGGAGAAGUGUUCAUUUUUGUUUUCUUUGUGUAGCUUGUAGAUCAUAAUAAGUAUUUGCUCUUUAAAUGUACUACUUACUAGCAUGAUUGUUUUUGUUCUGUUGAUGUAACAAAUUUGACAUAGAAUAUUAUUUUUCCAUAUCACAAAUAUCUACACUAUUGUCUGAUAACACACUGGUAGUUUUUAAGACUAAAGCAGUUUAUAGAAUGAAGUAUAUCAAUAUUCUUUUGGUUCCCCAAAGCAAUAUUUUACUUUUUAUUUAUUAUAGUUUGAAAGACAUUUCAUUGUUCCAUUACCUAUAGAAAUGGUAUUUCAUGACCUAGGGAAAAAGCAAUUACUCCUUUUGUAGACUCAUACCUGAAAGCAGUGAUUUACUAGAAAUGCUUUGCGUGGCUACUAAGUUUAUUUUGUCAGAAAUGACAUGGGAAAAGCCAGCUGUUCUUGUCUAGAACUUUUCAUUAUGAUAUUGUAUCUUGCAUAGUUGAAUUUUCUCAUUUAUACAGUGCCUUUUUCUCAUGCUCAUUGUCUACUGAUGUUAAGGCAGGCAACACUGGACCAUAGUGGUCAGAGCCUUCUAUUAAAGCCAGAGGAGCAAGUGUGCUUCUUCCUUGUCCUCGUCCCAUCAUUGAGACCUUCAUCUACAGUUUCCAAACAGUCACUGGAAAACGCACAACUGUUACCCGGAAAGUUUUAUUUCUCAGCAGAUUUGUAGAACGAAGUACAAAGUCAGUGAAUAAGAGUCCAAGUUCUUAUCAUGUAAUAUUUGGUACUAAUUAUACCCUCAUUGCUUUAAAAUAAACAUCAGGGUCUCUUUUAAAAAUAGAACAAAUCUGUAGUAUUUUAGUUUAAAAAUCUUAAGUUUAUUAUGUUAAAUUGAAUGUUGUCAACCCUUCUCGUUAAAUUAAAAUAAUUGAACAGCAUGCCUAGUGAAUCAUCUCAAAGUAAGGAAACUAUUAACCUGAUCCUGACAUGUAAAAUUCUUUUAGCAUUAGGUUGGAGUGGCUGGGCUGCUCUGCUCAGCUCAGCCUGCUGAGGCAAGCUGGCCAGCCCUCUGCAGGCUGAGCUGCUGCAGGACUGCUUACACAGCUCGAACAUAGCUGCUUGCCAUGAAGGAAAUGGAGGGGAGGUGGACUGUAAGGAAUAUAGCGCCGGUGUGAAGAACUGCUUCUUAGAAUAUGUAUUAAGUAUUGUAUUUCCCUCUUAGCAGUUGAAUUUCAAACCAGUUUCAUCUAGCUGGAAGUAGACAGUAAGGGGCUGCCUUAAGCACUUUAGAAAAAGAAUUUGCUACAAUUCAUUUGACUCAGCUGAUUGUGUCACAUCUUUUAAAUAUUGGUAAAUAUGGAUAUAGCAAGUAUUUAAUGACUAAUGCACAUAGAAAUUUAAUAUACAGUGAUCGUUUGAAUGUUCCAGGUAUAGGCUUUUUUAAAAGUGUUAAGAGUGUCUGUCUGUCUGUCUGUGCGUUUAAUUGAUAGCACCUCUACCAUGUGUCAGUAAAUGGCUGGACAGUCAGGCUAGGCCUUCUCAUUCUGUUCUGAAGAUUCUAAAAAAAUCCCAACCAUCAACAAUACUAUGUAUAAUUUGAACUUCCAUGAUUGAUCCUUAAUAUAAAUAAUAAAAGAAAAUAUUUAUGAUGAAAUAUUUUAAUUAGGUCAAUUCUCUAGAAUUACCUAGUUUUGUCUAUAUAUCUUUUCCAUGAAAUUAUAGCUAUUUAUGUAUUUGCAGUUGUUUCUUUCAAAAACAAUUUUUAAAAAUUGGAAAGGGAUAUAUAUAUGGGAAGUGAUUACUCCAAAGAAUAUUAAUCUUAAAAGAAGACAGUAUGGAUGUCUUACCAUGAAAUACAUUACUCUAGGCUAAAAUUUCAACUGUUUUAGUCAUAGAUUUUUAGCAUCUUUGUUAGAUCAGCAUAUAAUUCAUAUAACAGUACUUAAGUUUUUAUGAUGUAGCAUCAAUUUUCUUACUUUCUGUCUAGGUUUCCAAAAGUAGUAGAGUUUAAUUCACCAUAUGAACCUCAUUCUGUUAUUUUUGAUUUGAUAGUCUUGAUCUAAAAAUAAUGUCUUGUUAAUAUGUCACUAAAUUUCUAAAAGCUGUGUUCAUGGGCUGGUGAGAUGGCUCCCAAGAAAAGCACUUGCUGCCAACGGGAUGGCUUGAGUUUGUUCCCUGAGACCCAAAUGGAGGGGAGAAUUACCUCCUGUAAGUUGUCUUUUGACCUACGCACGUGUGUGUGCACGCGCGCGCGCGCACACACACACACACACACAAAACUUAAAAUUUUUUAAAGUACGUUUGUUUUUGCUUGAAAAGUAACUACACAUAGUUAUAUUUCACUUUUAUAUUAUAAUAAAAAGUUUAGAAAAGUUACUUUCCUUGUUUUAUUUUUACAUCAUAUUCAUUCUUUGAGAGGUAAGCAUGAAUUUACUCAGUAUCCAUGUCACCGUCAAGUUGUUAUUUUCAAGCAAGUAUACCUUUUCAUAACUCCAGCACUCAGACCUAGAGUAAUAAAGCUUUUCUUACAGAAGAUCAUCACAGCGACAUUACCUCAUGUUUGGUAUUUUUAGUUUUAUGUGUCUUGUAAUAGUGUUCACAUUUGUGAUUCUGAUGUCAGUAUUGUGUUACCUGAGUGGUAUGAUUAUCUGAAUACCAUAGGAACUUUGCACCAGUUGGAAUUUAAGUGGAUUGUUUGCUGCUUUUGUUCACAUUGGAACGUUGGACAUGCCAUAUGAUACUGGCUUAGUAAUCAAUACCAGUAAUUACCUUAGAGCUUUUAUCUUGACUACCCAACCAUAUCGAAAGAGUACUUUUUUCUGGGUUAAAAAUACUAGCUUUGAUACAUAAUCACUUAAGUUAUAUUUGUUUAAAAUUAUAUAUUUUCUUAGUAACAGUCAACUUAAGUUGGUGCUUAGGAAUAAACGUAGAAGUUUAUGCAGUAUGUAGGGCAGAGGUCAGUGAAUGUAUUUGCUUGGCUUGGAAUUUAAGAUUGAAUCAAUUUUACAAUAAAUCAAAUUGGAAGAAAUUGGUAAAAGGCAUUGUAGUAAUAUUGGAGCUUUUUGGAGGGUUCAGGACUAUAAGAAGAAUUUCUUACUAACAUUUCCAAUAUCUGUAAGAUACCAAAGGACUGAGACUAACUGAUCUUUUGAUGGAAAUUCUUUGAAAUCAAAUCCAUAACUGAUUCUAUUAAGAUUACAAUAACUAAAGUUGGGGAAUAACUUCAGGCAAAAACUGCAAGUCUUGGAGAUUUUUGGCAUUCUUUUAAGUAUUUAAACUUAAAUCUUCAUAGCUGCCCCAUACAGUAACCUAUGACCUCUCUAAAUCACUCUUCACUCUUGGGCCUCUAUUGCCUUCAAAUAUUGUACCUUGUUUAGCCUACCUCACAGGGCUGUUGUGAGGAGUGUCGUGAAAUGGACUCUGAUGUGAACGGGGUGGUUUCCACUAAGAAUGACUGGAUACUUGUAAAUGCUGUUUAGUAAGAAAAAGCAUGUUAAGUUGGUAUAAGCAGUGAUUUUAAAUGAUUUUUUAAAAUAAGAUGUCCUUCAAAAUGUCCUUUAGUAUCAAUUUACUUUGUGCAUGAUUGUUUUUAUAUUUCUCAUCAACUACACAACUUUUCCAGGUUAUGAAGUCUACUGCAGCAUUCAUGUGUGGAGGGGAGCCUACUUAAGCAACGGCUUCAGCUCCUCCCCCAUCAGGAGUUUGCACUUGUAUUUACAACAGCUGGUGCCCCAUGCAGAGUGAAUUUGGCUGAAAUAACUUUCCCAACAGCCAAGUGGUUCAGCAAUUUGUUGCAUUUGACAAAUAUUCAUCAACUUUAUUGAAUUGUACCUUUUAUUAAAAAAGAAAUACUUUAAAACCUGUUCAUUACCUAUAUCAGUUAUUAUCUGUCUGGACAUAGUUGUGUUGCUCUAAAUUGGAUAUAUUAAAUGGUUUACAAGUUAUCCUGCUCCACAGAUUUUGGUAUGUUUGUUAUCUGGACAUGAUUUUGCUAUGCAGUUGUGAUAAUAAAAGUUACAGCUCCUCAGGUUUAACCUCUAAGUUGUGGAUGAAGACCAUUUAAAGUACACAUGAUGUAUUCAUUGCUGCAAGAGUGUUUGAAAUGAGCACACUGCCUCAUUUUCCUUACCAACAAGACAAAGCCUUUUCAAUGAUUUUUUUAAACUUUCACAGUGAUUAUUCAAAGUGUAGCAACUAGUAUGUUGAAAUGAUUGUAUGUUCUGUAUGAAAUGUUCCACUUGAGGUUUUUACAAAAGCACCUGUAUUAUCUCUUCUAAAAAUUAAACCUUUUUUUUUUUGCUUUC